GCUGAGCCAGCAGGGAAGUACCACGACUCCGCUGCACGCAACAUCACAGACCACGCAACGACAUCAGUCAGCGCCAAAUCAAAGACCACUCACUGACAGAUACUGAAAGACUGUGGUUGUCCCCCCCCCCCCCCCCCCCCCCUUCUCGUGUUCGUGAUUUGAAAGCCACUCUUCCUCUCGUUGUUGCGGAGCGAGGAGCCAGCUAGCAGCGGUUAGCUUCAGACGUUACUUACCGAAGGAGACUCAACGGUGGACGGUUGUAUUUUCUGUCCAGGUAACGUCGAGUCAGCCGCCGCGAGCAUGUCGGAGUCGGCCGGGGAGGCGAAGUCUGAGGCGAAGCAGGCGAGCAAAGAGGUGAAGGAGAGCGAGAACGUCGCGGAGAAGUACUCAGCCAUGACCGUGAGCAAGAACAGCGAGAUGAACAUGGGAGACCUGUCGUCCGCCUUCAGCGCGGUGCCCACUCACAAACCCGUCAAGAAGCAAAUCCAGUUUGUGGAAGACAAGCAGGAGUUCAGCAAGUUCCCCACUAAGGCAGGCCGUCGCUCCUUGUCCCGCUCCAUCUCUCAGUCCUCCACAGACAGCUACAGCUCCGCUGCGUCCUACACGGAUAGCUCUGACGACGAGACCACACCACGGGACAAAACACAGGUCAACUCCAAGGGCAGCAGUGACUUCUGUGUCAAGAACAUCAAACAGGCUGAAUUCGGUCGGCGUGAGAUUGAGAUCGCAGAACAAGAUAUGUCUGCGCUGCUCUCUCUCAGGAAGAGAGCACAGAGUGAGAAACCAUUGGCAGGUGCCAAAAUUGUGGGCUGCACUCACAUCACUGCCCAGACUGCGGUGCUGAUUGAGACUCUGGUGGCUCUUGGGGCUCAGUGCCGCUGGACUGCCUGCAACAUUUACUCCACACAGAAUGAAGUGGCUGCUGCCUUGUCAGAGACAGGUGUGGCUGUGUUUGCCUGGAAGGGGGAGUCUGAGGACGACUUUUGGUGGUGCAUUGACCGCUGUGUCAACACUGAGGGUUGGCAGCCUAACAUGAUCCUUGAUGAUGGAGGAGACUUGACACACUGGAUGUACAAGAAAUACCCUAAUGUAUUCAAGAAAAUCCGGGGCAUCGUCGAGGAGAGUGUCACUGGGGUUCACAGGUUGUAUCAGCUGUCAAAGGCUGGAAAACUGUGUGUGCCAGCGAUGAAUGUGAACGACUCCGUGACAAAGCAGAAGUUUGACAACCUGUACUGCUGCAGAGAGUCAAUCCUGGAUGGGUUGAAGAGAACCACGGACGUUAUGUUCGGAGGCAAACAGGUGGUCAUAUGUGGGUUUGGCGAGGUUGGAAAAGGUUGUUGUGCUGCUUUGAAAGCUCUGGGAGCCAUUGUCUAUGUUACAGAGAUCGAUCCCAUCUGUGCCCUGCAGGCCUGCAUGGAUGGAUUCAGGGUGGUCAAGCUGAAUGAGGUCAUUCGCCAGGUUGAUGUCAUCAUCACAUGCACUGGGAACAAGAAUGUGGUGACCAGAGACCAACUGGACCGGAUGAAAAAUGGAUCCAUUGUCUGCAACAUGGGGCACUCAAAUACUGAAAUCGAUGUGGCAAGUCUCCGGACCCCUGAGCUGACUUGGGAGAGAGUGCGCUCUCAGGUGGACCACGUCAUCUGGCCUGAUGGGAAGAGAGUUAUUCUUCUAGCUGAGGGACGUCUCCUUAACCUCAGCUGCUCCACUGUCCCCACCUUCGUCUUGUCCAUCACAGCCACGACUCAGGCCCUGGCCCUUAUUGAGUUGUACAAUGCUCCUGAGGGACGAUACAAGCAGGAUGUUUACUUGCUUCCAAAGAAGAUGGAUGAAUAUGUUGCCAGUCUCCAUCUGACCACUUUUGAUGCCCACCUGACAGAGCUAAGUGAUGAGCAGGCAAAAUACCUUGGCCUCAACAAGAAUGGACCUUUUAAACCCAACUACUACAGGUAUUAGUCUGCAAAGGGACCACCAGCACACCUGAAUGUGGACGGUACCUGGCAUAACCUUUCCCUGAGACAAACAAAAGAUUCAUGUUUAUUGUAUUUUAUCCUCUUCACAGGAUGCAAAGCUUAUAUUUAGGCUAAUUUCACUGACCACAGGAAAAUUUUCUCCACUUUCUGCUACCUGCAGACAAUAUACAUGGCACCUGGCAGACUAUGAAAUGUAAAUGUUAUGACAGCACUUGUAUCGGCUGUGUAUUUUCUGAUGCAUUUACAUUGAUGACUCCCAGGUUAUUUAUAAAUCAGAUGCAUAUUGAAUAAUGUAUCAACAUAUCGUGACAAAUGACUGUGACACAGAAGGGUUACAGUUGUUUGUAGUUUGUCUGUUUGUAGUUUAACAAUCAUUAAUCAACAUUUUUGAUAUAAACAUUGUCUCAAAUUGCCCCAUGUAAAUACCAAAGGGUCAUUUGAAAUUAAAACCCUUAAAGCUUUUUAGCCACUUUUAGCGCUUUGUUUCGGCUCAACCUCCAUUUUUACACAAUAGAAGCUCAGACAAGCAUCCUCUAGACCAAAACAACAUAGAUCCAGUGUUAACUCUGAGUUGGUGGACCAACUCGGAGUUGGUGAAUAUUGGACAUAAAUGUAUCAGGUGACUAAUUAGAUUCCACUGCAUCUCUCCUGGCUGUCGAAGGCCAUUGUUUGCUUAAAAUUAGCCAUAGCAACUUGAAAAGCUUAUUGUAAAUCAAUGCUGUGCAUGUGUGAGUCUCGUUUUGUAAAAUCUCUCAUUGCAGCUUUAAACCUUUCUGUCUGUUUCAUACGGCGUCACUCACUCACUUCAUACAUUCCAUCCACGAGACGAAGAAAUGUCCUGACCUCUCUAGUACCAUCACUGCAGCACUUUUUGACUAUAGCAAACAUUAGAAGUGAAGAUGUGUCUAUUUCUUUUCUGAGGUUUUGGUAUCUGGUAAGAAGAGUAUCUGCACCUCAAGGUAUUUAAAUAUCUCAAAUUAUCUGUGAAUAUAUUUCUAUCACAUCUGCACUGUGUCACUGACUCUCUAAUCUCACUGCCAUUCUCAUAAAAUUACUAUUUACAGUCGAGAUUUAACAUAACUAGAUAUUUUGAUACUCUAUGACUUAUGCCAUCUAUUAUGUCAACCUUUCUAGAGUAAGUUGACUCUUGCAGUUUUGUGUAUUCUGUGUAAUGCACGUCGAGCAGUGUUGCAUACAGUAUGUUUAUGUACUGCAUGUGCAGCAGCGUCUGAUGAUCCAGUAUAGUAACAGUAUUUGCUGAAGUGCAACACUGUUAUUAGAUUUGCCACAAGACUCUGAUCUUGUGUUGACUAGAAGAUGUCUUUUUUCUUUCUCACAUGCUCUUGGCUUAGACAUGGAUAAUCUUUGUUGUCAACACAUUUGAAUAGAACAUGUUUUAACUUUACCUCUGUUUUUUUGCUCUGUAGCACUAGUAUUAUAGCUAUUCUAAUCCUAAUGCUACCUAAUUUUGUUUUAUUUCCUGAAAAUAUGCAUUGUUUAAAAGGCUUUAGCACUGUUAAGUGGGUUUAGUUUAAGCACAAAUUCAAUAUGCCACAUUUACUUAUCUAUAUUAACAUGUAAGAAAUGUUUUUCCAUUGUAAACAUGCUGUAUUUUAUGAUGGUGGUCUGUCGGCUAAUCUUACUCAAAACAGUUGAGAGUAUUACAGUCCCUGCCGAGGGUUCAGCACCAUGUUACCUCUUUAAGGUAAAAUCUGUUCAAAUCACCCCUCAAAAAACUGUGUUACAGCUAAGUCCUGUUUUCAAAUGAACUGUAAUUUCAUUUUUUCCUUUGUUAAUUGGUUAUUUUCUGUCAUUUAUGAAUUAUUAGCCGGCAAUAUACAACUAUGAAAUGCUCUCAUCUGUGCAAUAGCAGCUUUAAGGGCAUUAGACCCAAAGACUUUCAGUGAGAACAUCAUUGUCAGCUAGAUGAGCGCUGUAACCAUGGUUACUGGUCACUUGACAGUGCCUUGUGACUCACUUAGUACUUUAUACUCACAUGUUCAAGUCUGUAUAGUAAUGCCCAACGUGGUUGUUUUUCUGCGAUGUACAGUAAUAGCUAUGCAGCAAAACACACUCAGUCAGUGUUUCACUUCUGCUUAUUUAAAUCAGAGUUUUACAUUGACUCAAGUAUGCACAACUGUAAGAUCAGUUUAUACAAUUUUAUUAGGCAGCAUUUUACAUAAUGGUGUUUUUAUGUAUUUUAAAAAAAACAACCUUUUAUUUUAUGUAUUCGUGCAGUGCCCGUCAAGCUGGAGUGUGAUGUUUGAUGCCGUCAUCAGUGAAGUGAUCAAAAGAUUGUGUCUCUAACGUUCAACUAAUACUUGGAAAAUGUCUGUCGUUCAUUCUGUCUGUCCAUCUUUUGAUUUUCUCUCAUACUAUUGAUUAUAAAAUAUGGCAGGUAUAUUUCUGAGGACCCUGGGAAGUGCAGUGUUGACUGUGUUUUGGAUGAACAUUUGUCAAGACCACAACCCUGUGCAGUAAUAUCACAGAAUGCUGUUAUGUCAGUUUGUUAAGUGAACCCAUCAGGGUUUUACCAGUUCAUAAGAAACAUGGUGUUGAUGUUACAUGGUUGCCAUGGUAACAUCAAGUGCAGAUUUUAGUUUUAAAUACAUGAAGUGAUUCCUGUCUGGUGAUUUCUCAAGAGGCACUCGUCCAAAACAAAAGACCAUUACAUUCGACACUGCAAUUCCAUUGGGUCCUCAGCAACACAACUGCCAAGUCAAUCGGUUGAGCAGUUGCAGCGACAGUUGAAAUUCAGGGAUUUCUCCAUUUAUAGUUGUUUCUGUAGCAGACGGCUAGAAUCUUGUCAGGUUGAAGUAAAAGUGUGAUUUGACAGGUGGUCACUGUUGCUGGUUUGAAGGUUUUGAUGUGGAAACCAAGUUCAAUUUGAUAUACUAGCCAUAGGCCUAUAUACUUUCAAAAUUGUAGUUCUAGUUGAGUUUGAAGGACAUACUUUCAGUAGUAUACACGCUGUUAAAUUUCUGUGCACAAUUCCCUCUAAUAAACUGCUGUUUAGAUUUGAAAA